UAGUAAUAAUAAAAGGCUGAAUAGUCGCUAACGUAGACGAGUAAAGAUCCACACAAAAGUCGGCGACGGAGAGGGUUUUAGAGAAACGCUGCAUCAACCCAAUCCCCUCUCACUCGAGUCCAAAUGUUUCCCAGAUUAGGUCGAGCUGUCACUCAAAUCUCAAAGCUCCGAUCUUUCUCCUCAAAUGCGUCGCCCUUUUUCUCGCGCUGUGGCUACGCGACUGUAGCUCAGGCGGAUGAUGCUCCGUCGCAGAAUGAUUUCCCCAGCAAAUCUCCGGUAAACUUGGAUAAGCUGUUUUGGUCAAAGCCAUGUUCACUGGCUCUUCCCAAAGACUCUCCUCUCAGAGUUGAUGAGCCAGACUACCAAGGGGUUCGUCGCUUUAUACUAAAGAUGCUUUUGUUCUAUAGCAAACAGAGCACUUCUAUCCGUGGGGCAAACGUUAUCUACAAGCGCAUCAUUGCUCAAGUCGACACACCUGCUAUUUAUGAUGUGUUCAACUUGGAGAAAACCUUCAAAAUAACAUAUUCCUUGCUUGUCCUUCAUAUGUGGCUUGUCUUACGCCGUUUGAAGCAAGAGGGAAAGGAAGGUGUUGAUCUUGGUCAAUAUGUGUAUGAGAUCUACAAUCAUAAUGUGGAAGUCAGGGUCUCUAAAGCCGGGGUUAACUUGCUUCUCUUGACAUGGAUGAAGGAACUGGAGAGAAUCUUUUUUGGAAAUGUUGUUGCCUAUGAUGAGGCACUACUUCCAGAUGCUAAACCAAAUGAUCUACAAAUCAAGUUAUGGAGGAAUGUAUUUUCUGAUGAUGGAACAACAACACCUGAUGAAACGGAUUUGAAAGCAGCAAAGGCAAUGGCAAGAUAUGUCCGGAGAGAAGUUGGUUCUCUUUCUCUAACAGAUAAAGAGUCCAUAUUCUCCGGCAACUUCUCCUUCACCCCCUUGGAGAACAAAGCCUCAGUGACUUGAAGGAACUGUGGCGCUUUGAGAAUCAAUCUUUCAUCUGUUUUUUUUUUUUCUCUUCAAUAUUUUCUUAUAUCCAACAAGAGAAACCUACACAAGAGAAUAUGCUGGUUGGUAACAGCCGGAUAAUCACGAAAACAUGGUGAAAGUUAAAUAAGAUUACUGCAUUGCUUUUUCUAAUA